AUGACAGGGGCAAAGAGAAAAAAGAAAAGUGUGCUCUGGAGCAAGAUGCAUAUGCCCCAUUGUGAAGACUUUAAACAGUGGUGUAGAAGGCGGCUACCUAUUUUGGAAUGGGCAACACAUUAUAAUCUGAAAGAAAACUUGCUUCCAGACACUGUGUCUGGGAUAAUGCUGGCAGUUCAACAGGUGACACAAGGGUUGGCCUUUGCUGUUCUCUCAUCUGUGCACCCCGUGUUUGGUUUGUAUGGGUCUCUGUUUCCUGCCAUCAUUUAUGCCAUAUUUGGAAUGGGACGUCAUGUUGCCACAGGCACCUUUGCCUUGACAUCCUUAAUAUCAGCUAAUGCAGUGGAACGGCUUGUCCCUCUGAACAGUCAGAACCUUACCACACAGAGUAACACAAGUGUGCUGGGCUUAUCUGACUUUGAGAUGCAAAGGAUAUGUGUUGCUGCAGCUGUUUCCUUCUUGGGAGGUGUGAUUCAGGUGGCCAUGUUUGUGCUACAACUGGGUAGUGCCACAUUCCUGCUUACAGAACCUGUGAUCAGUGCGAUGACAACUGGGGCUGCCACCCAUGUCGUGACUUCACAAGUCAAAUAUCUCUUGGGAAUGAAAAUGCCGUAUAUAUCUGGACCACUUGGAUUCUUUUAUAUCUAUGCAUAUGUCUUUGAAAACAUCAAGUCUGUGCGACUGGAAGCACUGCUCUUAUCCUUGCUGAGCAUCGUGGUGCUUGUUCUGGUUAAAGAGCUGAAUGAACAAUUUAAAAGGAAAAUUAAAAUUGUUCUUCCUAUUGACUUAGUCUUGAUUAUUGCUGCAUCAUUUACUUGUUAUUGUACCAAUAUGGAAAACACAUAUGGAUUAGAAGUAGUUGGUCAUAUUCCAAAAGGAAUUCCUCCACCUAGAGCUCCCCCAAUGAACAUCCUCUCUGCAGUAAUCACUGAAGCUUUUGGAGUGGCACUUGUAGGCUAUGUGGCCUCACUGGCUCUUGCUCAAGGAUCUGCCAAAAAAUUCAAAUAUUCAGUUGAUGACAACCAGGAACUUUUGGCCCAUGGCCUCAGCAAUGUGAUUCCUUCAUUUUUCUUCUGCAUACCAAGUGCUGCUGCCAUGGGAAGGACCGCUGUCCUAUAUAGCACGGGAGCAAAGACACAGGUGGCUUGUCUAAUAUCUUGCAUUUUCAUCCUGAUAGUCAUCUAUGCAAUAGGACCCUUGCUUUACUGGCUGCCCAUGUGUGUUCUUGCAAGUAUUAUUGUCGUGGGACUGAAGGGAAUGCUAAUACAGUUUCGGGAUUUAAAAAAAUAUUGGAAUGUGGAUAAAAUUGAUUGGGGCAUAUGGGUCAGUACAUAUAUAUUUACAAUAUGCUUUGCUGCCAAUGUGGGGCUGCUGUUUGGUGUUGUGUGUACCAUAGCUAUUGUGAUUGGUCGUUUCCCAAGAGCAAAGACUCUGAGUAUAAAAAAUAUGAAAGAAAUGGAAUUUAAAGUGAAGACAGAAAUGGAUGAUGAAACGCUGCAGCAGGUGAAAAUUAUCUCAAUAAACAACCCACUUGUUUUUCUGAAUGUAAAGAAGUUUCAUACUGAUCUAAUGAACAUAAUCCAAAAAGAAAAUGCCAACAACCAGCCACUUGAUGAAAUCAGCAAGUGUGAACAAAACACAUUGCUCAAUUCUCUAUCCAAUGGCAUUUGCAAUGAAGAAGCAACACAGCCCUGCCUGAAUCAGAAGUGUUCUUUAAUCCUAGAUUGCAGUGGAUUGACCUUUUAUGACUAUUCUGGAGUCUCCAUGCUUGUUGAGGUUUACACGGACUGCAAGAACAAGAGUGUGGAUGUAUCAUUAGUCCACUGCACAGCUUCUUUGAUAAAAGCAAUGAAAUACUGGGGAAACCUAGAUUCAGAGAAACCAAUUUUUUUUGAAUCAGUAUCUGCUGCAAUAACUAACAUCCACUUAAAUAAGAAUUUGAGCAAACUCAGUGACCACAGUGAAAUCUGAGACUCUUUUGCUGCAGUACAGCUCUUUUCUUUAGCAACUGCC